CCGACACACUUGCCAUCGUUCAUCUUCCAUUGUAUGAACAUAGCCAUAAGGAUGCUGCAGCAAGCCCUCAAAGUGUCCGGUCGCAGUGCGUCCCCGCUGAUCAAGUGGAUGGAGAAGUGGGCUGAGAGCGCAGCUAGCCUGAAGAAGACGGAGGCGACGCACCGGAUGAAAACCCUGGAGGAGAUGCCGGGACCAACCGUCGCCAAAUUUGCCUGGGACCUCUUCGCCAAACGGGGACUGUCCCGCCUCCACGAGCUGCAGGUAAAUUAUUUGAAUGACUUGUUCAUCUUUCUUUUUAAUCAUUACUUUUUAGCCAGACAGACACUGAUGUAAAUGUAUGAAAUUAGUGUUUUAUAAUGUCUUAUACUUAGUGCUUAUGGGUCUGUCAUUUUAACAGGAGUACCAUAGUAAUGUAUCUUUCAUUGGCAGAUGUAACUGGUCAUCACAUUGCGUCUUGUAAUAGAUAGGUUAUUACAUUACUGUUGGGUAUGGCAUAGCCUACGCGGAGUCGCCAGAAAACGCUAUCAUCCGAUUUUCAGGGGUACAGUAUUUUCAACCUAACUUCUGUUUCCCCUGAAAAACGGAAGUGGGAACUCAGCUUAGCAGUCUUUCUACACCUGCUCCAUUAGGUUAGAUAUGGCAUGGUACUAUAGGGAAGGGCAGGCUUGCCCCCCUCAGUCAGCCAAGGCCAUAAACAGUGUCAGACUGGCAGACACUGUCACUGGCUCUUCUUACAUGUACUGUAUAACAUAACCAUCAGUGUGUAAUGUAAUUGUUCAGCAAUUAAAAAGCUAUGAGGGGGCCAACAAAAGCUACCUAAAUGCACCAGACAUGCAGUUGCAAAUGCAUAAGCUAUGUAAGACAAGUGGUUCAUUGGUUCAUUGAGCAGGAAAGUGCCUUGGGCAACUCAGGCACUUUCCUGUGCUUUGCGGGUGUCUGCUACAUCAUAGGGGUAGAUGGGGAGCAUAAGGAGCAAGAGGGCAAGCUUUAUAUCACAUCUUGACCAUAGGGCGGCUCCCAAAGCUUUGAACAUUGAACAGAUUUUGUCCAUAAACUUUACUUUAGAACUGUAGCUAGGUCUGCUCACAACAUGUUGAUGUUCCAUCCAUAGAAAUAGAUUCAUUCUAAUUCUAAGGACUGUUCCAUCUCCAGUGAAUCAUGCUAUCUAAAUGCGUUGUGUGCUAAUGUGUUGUCCUCUCCCAGCUUGAGGGUGUGAAGCGCUACGGGCCAAUGUGGAAGGCCAGCUUCGGUCCCAUCCUGACAGUGCAUGUGGCCGAGCCAGCCCUGAUAGAGCAGGUGCUGAGGCAGGAGGGCCAGACCCCAAUCCGCUCUGACCUCUCCUCCUGGAAGGACUAUAGGAAACAACGAGGCCAUGGCUACGGACUGCUCACAGCGUGAGUACCAUUCCUCUCCUCUGCUGUUUCCCCCCCAUGCUGUCCCCCUCCCCUCUACUCCGUUGCCCUUGCCUCCCCUAUCUUAUCCCUUUCCCUCCCCUAUCUCCAUAUUCCUUUGUCUCUCAUCACCACACCUCUCCUCUUCCCCCCUCCCCUCUCCUCUUCUCUCUGUCUUUACCACACCCUCAGACAGCCACAGUCAUCAUCAUUGGACACUGUUCAACUUGACACAUAGCAUCUGUGUGUCCCAUAUUUAAUAAUAUCACUAUAGCAGCCUAAUUAUCUUUAUGACAGUGUAUGACUGUGUGAUCUUACUCAAUGAGUUGUCAUCCUGAUUUAAACUGUUCUGAUGUCAGGGUGACGUGCUGUUGACAGGAAACAGGAAAGACUAACAGAGACGAAGCAAAGACUUUAGACAAAGGACUAAUUGGCCUAGCAGCCAGACAGUGAGUCAGCCCUCCAUCUAUGAUCUAUGAUGGGUUAUUAUUACCUAUGGGUUAUUACCUAAUCACCAGGAAUAUGAAAAUACUAUCUCAAAUCAAAUUAAAUCAGGCUUUAUUUAUACAGCACAUUUCAGUCAUGGAAUGCAAUGCAAUGUGCUUUAAAGGAAAAAACAAUGAAAAUAAAAGCUGAAAUAUUUACUACACAACAAACAUAAGAUAAAAAACAAAAGAAUGACACAAACUGAACAAUUACAAUUCAAUCAAGUAGCCUACAGUACAGUUGGCCCAGCCUGUAUAAAACAUGUACAUUAUUGAUGUUUGUUGGUGUGCAAACUCAUUUGAUGGCAUUAUUUUCUGUUUACCUUAAUCUUCAGUGAGGGGGAGGAGUGGCAGGCGGUGCGGAGUCUCCUGGGGAAGCACAUGCUACGUCCAAAGGCGGUGGAGGCCUACGACGCUACUCUAAACGGCGUGGUAGAUGACCUCAUCACUAAGCUCCGCCUCCGCAGGCGCCAGGACCCCCGCGGCCUCGUCCCGGACAUCGCCAGCGAGUUCUACCGCUUCGGCCUCGAAGGUAAGGCCUAUUUACAUUCACUGUGGUGCGCUCCUGAGGCCUGCUUUUACUCAACUCUGUUUCUUUGUUGGUAUUUUUAAACGGUGGCAUAUGAGGUCAGCAUCUGAGGUCAGGUGUGAGGUUAUCUGAGGUCAGGUGCCCGUAAUAAGAGACAACAACAAGGAAGCAGCUUUAUCAUUAUCAUUCUAUUGUAUCAAUGUCAAUUAGCAUUGUAGGCUACUAGUUUAGUCUAUUACCAUAACUUACUUGUGUAUGGUACGAGUAUGUUACUCUGACAAGUCUAUAAUAGGCUUGAUUGGAUCUGUAUUACAGAGGGCAAACAAACAAAGCCCUUCUGGAAAGCCCUUCAAACCCUUCACACCAUCUCCCCUUACCCUCUGCCUGUCUUCCUCUCUGUAGGGAUCUCCUCAAUCUUGUUUGAGUCCAGGAUUGGUUGCCUAGACCCUGUGGUUCCCACGGAGACAGAACGUUUCAUUCAGUCCAUUAACACCAUGUUUGUCAUGACGCUCCUCACCAUGGCUAUGCCCGCCUGGUUACACCAGUUGUUCCCCAAGCCCUGGGACACUUUCUGCCAGUGCUGGGACUACAUGUUCCAAUUCGGUGAGCUGCCAUCUUGGAUAGCCUCAUACUUGCUCCACCUUGGUUUAAUUCCGUGGACUUCUUUAAUCCAUGCUAUUCGACUGACCUACUGAUUAUUAUUAGUUGCCCCCAGUGUUAGUUACUCUCUACUGAUAGAUUUCUAGUAACUUAUAGUAACUAUAAAUAGUUCCCAUUGAACAGGACCCAUAGUGUGUGGUCUCCUUCCAUUCAUUACCUGUAAUCCCUGUAGUAAGCUUUCCCAGAGGUCUAUUUUUUCCUCUUUAAGCUGUACGGAUCCCUUUAGUCUGACUAGAGCUCCUUCAGACCUGGGUUCAAAUACUAUUUGAAAUAAUUUCAAAUACUAGCUGGAAUUGAUUGAGCUUGCCUGGUGCUAUGGAACCAGUAGAAUUGUCGCAAUACUGCAAACCUAGCCCAUCUGGCACUCAAGUCAGACUAAAAGCAAACGCUGAAAGUAUUUGAAAGAUUUCAAAUAGUAUUUGAACCUAGAUCGGACUAAUAUUUGAACCUAGGUCUGACUGAGCUCCUUCAUUCUGAUCUUGACCCCUGAUCUCUCUCCUUGCAGCUAAAGGUCACAUUGACCAGCGUCUGAUGGAGGAAGCAGAGAAGGUGGCACGGGGAGAGGAGGUGGAGGGGCGAUAUCUGACUUACUUCCUGACCCGCACGGGGCUGCCCAUGAAGACAGUGUACAGCAACGUCACCGAGCUGCUCCUGGCUGGGGUGGACACGGUGAGGAACAUUUCUCAUCUCUCCUUCCUCUCGCAUCUCUCUCACCUCUGUCUUCUCUGUCUCCAUCUUUGACCUAGUACUUUAAUAUUAGUUUUUAACAUAUCCAAUAGCCAAACAUCUCCAUUUCCUCUCAGUCCUAGUUACAGCAUACUUCCUCUUCUUAAUCUCCCUCUCUGUGUGUUAAGUCUGAUCCCAUACAGUUAGGCUUAGCUGUAGGGAGCUCACUACCCUCUCCAUCCACUGCUACAGUGACCUUAUGGUGAAUGAUCUUUCAGUCGUACUGACCUGCUGUGUCCUGUGUGUUCAGAUCUCCAGCACCAUGUCCUGGUCCCUUUACGAGCUGUCUCGGCACCCCGAGGUGCAGGCCUCGCUUCGGGAGGAGGUACUGGCCGUGAUGGGGGGUCGGAGGGUGCCUGGGGCUGCAGACGUGGCUCGCAUGCCCCUCAUGAAGGCUGUGGUCAAGGAAGUGCUCAGGUAGAAAUGUUGGAUGAUGAUAAUGAUAAUAGUAAUAAUAAUGAUAUAGGUUUGGAUUAAUAUAGCGCUAUUCCAAGUGCUCAUAGCUCCUCAUUAUAUAAAUCAAAUCACAUUUUAUUUGCCACAUGCGCCGAAUAGACAUUACAGUGAAAUGCUUACUUACAAGCCCUUAACCAACAAUGUAGUUUUUAAGAAAAUAAAAAAAUGUGUUAAGUAGAAAAGAGAUAAGUAAAAAAUAGCAACUAAUUAAAGUGCAGCAGUAAAAUAAAAUAACAGUAGGGUGGCUAUAUACAAGGGGUACCGGUACAGAGUCAAUGUGCGGGGGCACCGCACAUAGGGAAGUUCAUUUCAUCCACUACCAAUUGGGGUGAACUAUGUACCCUUGAUUCAAUCAACUACUACAACCAAUCGUAAAUCAUUAGACUGAUCAGUCACACUGACAUCGUUAUGUUUUGGCUUCUCCAGACUUUAUCCUGUUAUUCCGGCCAAUGCCAGGGUCAUCGCAGACAAAGACAUCCAGGUCGGCGGCUACCUCCUCCCCAAAAACGUAGGUGUUGACUUAAUGUUGAGUGCUUCUUUCUCAGAACUUUUAAAGCAAUCUGGUGUAAUAUGGUGUAAUAUUCAUGUGUAAAGGCAAAUGUGUGUAAUAGAAAGUUUUUUAAACUGAUUCCUAACAGCAGUAUCUCACGAUUCUAUCCUAUCCAGACUCUGAUCACCCUCUGCCACUUCGCCACAUCCCGGAAUGCAGCAUUUUUCCCGAACCCGAAUGCCUUCCAGCCCCAUCGCUGGCUGAACCGGGAAGAAGGCCACCACCCCUACGCCUCAGUGCCCUUUGGUGUGGGCAAACGCAGCUGCAUCGGCCGGCGCAUCGCAGAGCUGGAGGUCUACCUGGCACUUGCACGAGUGAGUAGAUUUUUGGUCACUUUUACAGCUAGGCUUUGGCAGAAAGUGUCUCCGAAAAUGACAUUCAUUUUCAUAGCAUUUUGAGUCCCAGUACAUACAGUCAUGACCGAAAUUAUUGGCACCCUUGAUAAAGAUGAGCAAAAAAGACUGUAUAAAAUAAAUAAUACAAAUAUUGAGCUAUAUUUUAUGCUACAUCUUUUGGGAAAAUGGUAUUAUUUUAUGAGAUUUUGUUUAACAAGUAAUACAUUUUCCUCUCUGGUCUAAGAUCCCUCCCAAUGUGUUCUCCAAUCUCAUAUAACAUUUUAGAAAAAGGCUCAGUGCCGUUAUCUUCGCAAGGGGAGGGUGCCAGAGUAUUGAAAAAAAAAAAGAUCUCUGAGCAAUUGUAUUAGCAAUAUAUUUCCCAAUUAUUUUUUGGGGGGGAUACAAUAUAGCUCAGUAUUUUGAUUCUUUAUUUUAUACAGUAUUUUUUGCUAAUCAUUAUCGAGGGUGCCAAUCAUUUCGGUCGUGACUGUAUACUGUGUUUUUAGCCUCGUAGUGGACUUCCAUUCUUCUAAGUACUGUUUCAUGUGAGGGGUGCCCUCUAAUUUUCUCAACCCCUCUCCUGGUCGCCUCAGAUUCUGAUGCAGUUUGAUGUGAAGCCCGAUCCAGAUGGCAGUGGUGCAGCAGUCAAACCCAUGACCCGGACACUGCUGGUGCCAGAGAGUGAGAUCAACCUGCAGUUUAUUGAAAGAUGAGUCGAUGACCUGCUGAACACUAGCUAUGUGUAUUUGACAGUGACUGACAAUCCAAGUCUCUCAGAGUGAGACAGUUGGCAGCACUGGGAAAAGCACUGAUAAAGAGGGCCCGACUGAAUUUGCAGCCCUGUAGGCCUAAACACAUAGACCAGGCCCUCAGCCCCUCAGAUCUCAAGCCCAGAUGGUUUGGGCUGGCCUGGGUCUGAGUUGAUACAGCAGCUGAAUGAUGGGCUGAUAGAGGUCUCAGAUUAAUGUCAUUGUUAAUUGAAAACAUUCCUCUCUGUAUAUGAACAGUAGUAGUUGCAUUUCCAGUGUACUGAAACUCACUUCCCACACAUUUUUUGCACAAGGAGGCUAGGAGAGGGUGAAGGGUGGGUAAGGCAAUAUUUAAAGUGUCUUAGAGCCUAUCUUGAAACUUCUCCCCAUGCAGAGUGAAAUGCAUAAAACUUGAAACCUUUGACUGAAACUUGAAAAGUGCAUCAGGACUAAUUAUGUGACAUAGUACUAUAAAGCUGCAAUCAGCAGUAGAAA